AAGGAUUUUAUUUUUUAUUUGUUCUCAUUUUUCUUUCCUUCUUUUUUCUCUUUCUCAUUUCUUUCCCCUCUCCCCUUUUUCAUUUCUUCAGUCACUUUUCAUCUCUUUUAAGCCUGGAAAGAAAUGUUUGUCCCACCACCACUAAAACUUGCAAGACCAAGCCAAUUCGAUAUACAAUAUAGUAUUCGUGUAGUACAAAACCCCAUUAGAGCAAGAUGCUGUGGGUUUGGUGAAAAAGAUCGCAGACCGAUCGAUCCACCCCCAAUACUUGAAUUAAUUGCAACCGAUAGACAUGGUAACCGUAUCGAAUUAAAACCCGAAGACUCCAUCUUGUUUUUAGCCCAAUGUGAAUUAUACGGUGCAGAUAGAUGUGAAAAUCGGACAAUUGUUUAUACACCUUGGUCCUCAAUGACACCCUCAUUCCUAGAAGAUGGAGUACAUAAACACGGCAAACCAGAAUAUGUUCGAAACUUGAUAGGUUCAACUGUAUCAAAUGCAUAUCAUUUAUACAAUCAAUCCGAUCAACCUGGUACUUAUUUUAUAUUUCAUGACUUGUCCGUUAGAACAGAAGGUACAUUCACUUUGAAAUUCGUAUUUGUCAAUUUGGCAGCAGGUGAACCUAUCACCAUGACAACUCAAAUUCAACACGAAGCAUUUUCAUCUACUUUCUCUGUGUACCCAGCUAAAAAGUUCCCCGGUUUGACUGAAUCAACUGCCCUUUCUAGAUGUUUUUCGAAGCAAGGGAUAAAAAUCCCAAUUCGUAAUGAAUCUCCCUAUAAACGAAUUUCAAAUGCUUUUUGUCCACCAGAGGUUGAGCCCGAGAAACCGAAAACUAAAUUCACGCGUUUACCAAUUGCGGAUUUCCUUUCGCCAGAAUGAUUUCGUCUGUUUUUAAUUUCUGUAAAUAAAAAAACUACACAUACUUUUUUUUUUUUUAUUAUUAUUAUUAUUUUUUAUU